AGCGGGUUGGCCAAACUGGAGAUCUCUACGUAGUCCCUGGAGUAAGAGAUUCUCAGAAGUUCAAUUUGGCAUCUCUUGGGGUUCCUCAAGCUCUUUAAUUUGAUUCCCAGCGCCCCUGAACAAUUACUUCCCUCGGUGGCUUAUUACCUUCUGUGAAUUUUUCUUCUCCUUCUUCGUCUUCUUCUUCUUGUUUUGGCUCUUGGUAAACAACCGAACUUGCAAGACGAGUUUAGAGACCAGGAGAUGUUUCUCCUCCCAAAAGGGACAGAGAGCCACGCUGGAAGGGAACGAGGGCGAGGUGGACUUUCGAAGUGUGAUCAAAAAAGAGCGGCGAGGGCUUUUGGGGAUUAUCUUUCUCAAAACCAUCCCGAAGGCAAGAAUGGUGCAGAUCGCUUGUUGGCAGAGUCCUACGUCGGUCAAGAAGACUCCCCAGAGAUCCACGUGGGUGUUCAGAACAAGCGUCGCCUGUCUCUCAUUUCUGACGGGAAGUUUCAGCCCACCUUCCCCGAGGAAGCUGGUGAGAAGCUGGCCGGCGAAGGCCCCAAGCCCCGCGUCUACACCAUUUCCAGCGAGAGGCCCAUGCUCUCGCAGCACCAGAGCGAGAGCAUGGAGCUGGUAGUCCUCAAAGGGACAGAGGAAGAAGAAGAGGUGGACGGGGAACGGUCCUUAGGUCAGCCUCUCCACAACGCCGGAAGUUCUCACAACAUCAGCCGACAAUGCAAGGGCAGUUGGCCAAGUCCCCAGCAAGGCUCGAAAGAGUAUCCCACUUGUGCCCAGCUGACGGUGUCAUCUCAGCAUCCGUUUGAUCUAGAACAUCACAAUCAACACCAACCACACCACCACCACCACCACCACCACCAUCAUCAUCAUCAACACCACCAACAAGAACAUCAGCACCAUCAUCAGAACGAAGCUGGUGAGACCGGCUGGCGCAGGAAGAAGCUGGAAAGAAUGUAUAGCAUUGACCGCGUUUCCGAUGAUGUUCCUAUCAGGACUUGGCUACCCAAAGAGAAUCUUUUCACUUUCCAAACAGCGACAACCACUAUGCAAGCAAACUUCCGGAAACACCUCCGUAUGGUAGGGAGCCGCCGCAUGAAGGCGCAAACUUUUGCCGAGCGGCGUGAGAGAAGUUUCAGCCGGUCCUGGAGCGAUCCAACUCCCAUUAAGCCUGAAAACCUCAGUGAUUCCCGAGAAAGCCAUGAAUUUCAGGAUUCCUGCUGUGCCAUUGACAAAGGGAUUGACUUGAACUGGGAGGCGGAGAAAGAACUGGAAGCGGCCGCCUGCAGUGGGGAGGACUUUGUCCCCCCCAAAAUCAUGCUCAUUUCCUCCAAAGUGCCCAAAGCUGAGUAUGUUCCAACAAUUAUCCGUCGCGAUGACCCAUCGAUCAUCCCCAUUCUCUACGAUCAUGAACAUGCCACAUUUGAUGACAUUCUGGAGGAAAUUGAAAAAAAACUGAACAUCUACCGGAAGGGCUGCAAAAUUUGGAAAAUGAUGAUUUUUUGCCAGGGAGGUCCGGGCCAUUUAUACCUCUUGAAGAAUAAAGUCGCCACUUUUGCCAAAGUGGAGAAGGAGGAAGACAUGAUCUACUUCUGGAAGCGGUUGGGCCAUCUGAUGAGCAAGCUGAACCCAGUUCCAAAUCUCAUCCACAUCAUGGGAUGUUACGUCUUGGGGAACCACAAUGGUGAGAAGCUGUUCCAAAACCUAAAGAAUCUUAUGAGCCCUUGUUGUGUGACUUUUGAAUCGCCUCUUGAACUUUCAGCUCAAGGAAAGGAAAUGAUUGAGACUUAUUUUGACUUCCGUCUCUACCGAGUCUGGAAAACCCGCCAGCAUUCCAAGCUGCUCGAUUACGACGACAUUUUAUGAGCGCCGUCAGGACGGGGCCAGGAGGAAUUUCCACGGGUAUCCCGAGCAGGCGGGCGUCGCAGAGCGGGAGAUCUUUUUCAACGGUUGCGAGGAGGCCCAGAGAAGGCGCCAAAGAAGCCCUUAACGGCCUUCAAGAAGUCCGCCCGGCAACUCGAGGCACAAGAUGGAUGGAGCACUGCGGACGAGGGGGGCAGGUCUUCAGGGACCCGAGAUGGUUUUUAGACGGCAAGACGCCCAACGCCAUGACAGGUUCUUCUCAGAAGACAUUUGAAGCUCAGGUUUCCUACAGAGACUCAACCAAUCAUCUUGUUUAUCUCUACUUCGCUGUCAUGAAGGGCCGAGGCCUUCUCGCUUGGAGAGGAUCGAUCAAAUCCUUGAGUUUGAAGAAAGCCAGGCCUUUAAAAAAAAAAAAAUCUCAUCCAUUUUAAGAACACGUGUGAAUUCUCUCACACGCACACACUUGUACACCCAUACACAUCUACAGAAGUGCAAUUUUCUUUCUUUCUUUCUUUUUCUUACAAAAAAAAAAGAGGAAAUAUUUAAUCAGCUGUUGCCGUACCACGCACACCGAUAUCUGGUAGAUGAGAUAUUUUUUUUUGAGUCUGCUUGAGAAUAUAUUUGACAUCGUAACAUAUCUUGAGAUAUAUAUAUCUAUAUAUAUAUAUAUCUGUCUCUCCAUAUCUAUAUUUAUAUCUAUGGGUCGCUAGAGAUAACCACCAUCCAGAGAUUCUUUCUGCUGCAUCGAGCUGCAAAUCUGCAAAAUCCUUGACUUGGGAUUCCAGCAAAAUUCUCGAGCGACACUUCAACUGUAGAAAGUCCCUUCAGGACAAACCUCGUUUUUUAUUUUUUAUUUUUUUUUCCAAUUUAAGGAGCAGCUUCCUUAAUAGAGUUUGGCAAAAAGCAGAGUUUUGCCAGCUGUUAUCUGCUGAUAGGGCUGGGGUGUGGGACCUCGGCUAGUUUAUAUAUAUAGAUAUAUAAAUAGAUAUAAAUAUAAAUCGUUUGCAGAUUAGAAACCAAUAGCCAUGUUUAAAAGAUUUUGCUCACUGCAGUUCAUUUUUGGGGGGGUCGGUUAGUUUUUUUGGGCUGUCGUGAUGAGCUGGUGUAGCAGGUUUGAUUUCAGAGGAUGGACAAUGAUAGACUAACUCAGUUUUCUGUAGCAUUGAAUCUUUCAAAGCCCAGGGAUCUACUCUGCUUUGUCCCAGAGGGAAAAAAAAACCUGGGCCAACACUUCAUCCUAGUUUUUCUUCGUUCUGUGUGAGUGACCAUACAUUUAAAUAAUCCAGAUUUCGCUUCGGGAAGAAAUGUUUGGGAAUGGCUGAGAAAGGAAUGAUUUGGCUUUAUUACAUGGGACAGAGCAGGAGUUUGGGGGGGGGGCGUUUGAGGAGUUAAGAAAUGGGGUGGAGAGGUGGUGAUUUUCUCCUCUCACCCCAGAGUUGUAUUUUGGGGUCUCCAGCAGGGAUUAAUUGCUGAAUCGUCUCCAUUCGUCUGGAGCUCCGAAGAAAAGGAAUGCCAAGAGUAUUUACUAAAUUAUCUUUUUGGCUCGUUGAACGAAAGCAUUCAUUGAAGAUGCUCUUUUUUUUAAAGAGAUAACUGGACUUGGUUUCUUUUCUUUCUUUCUUUCUUUCUUGAAGACGUUUCGCUUCUUCAUCCGAGAAGCUUCUUCAGUUCUGACCGAAGAAGUCGCAACCGGAGAAGCUUCUCAGAUGAUGAAGAAGGGAAACGUCUUCAAACUCCAGUUGCCUCUUGGAAAAGCAUCUCCUGAGGACUGAGGGUCUCCAUAGGCAAAGCAUUCAACGCUAUUUCCCCCCUCUGUUUAUCCUGUUUUGGUGGCUGGCAUUGAGAUCUACAUCACCAUUCUCCAACAACAGUUAAAAAGCGAUUUAAUUAGACAGCACAGGUGACGUUGCAAGAGAACAGGGUUAAAAUUCAACCCCAGCCUUCCCCCCCCUUCCUUUUAAAUUCUGAGUUUUCCGGUUUUUAAUUCGGAAAGACGUGCCCCAGAUGCAGAGAAACGAGCAAUAAUUCCUCAUUCCUGAUGGAUCGAUCUAAAUAUGGAAUUGGUGCCACCCGGAAAUAAAAUGAACGAGGCAACCUUUUAACAGAACCAACUGUUUCUCCGUCGGACAAUUUAACAAUUAUUCCUUGCUCUCGCUUCCUUGGUUUUUGCUAAUUGUGAAAUCAGGAGAGGGAAAAAAUGCGUACAAUGUGAUUUCUUGACCUUCUUUUUGUGUUACGGGGUUGUGUUUUGUUUGUCCACAGGUGUGCCUCUCUCUUUGUGUGCCUAUCACACUUUUUUUCCCCCCCUAUGGUUCAAAACCGCCGCAGCAAUUUAUCCGUGACGUAUCACGUCCUACCUUCUUUUUAUUUAUUUAUAUUUUUUGUUUUGCACGCUGCGGUUUUUUUAUUAUGUACACACCUGCUCCAUAUAGACCGUGUUUCCCCGAAAAUAAGACCGGGUUUUAGAUUAAUUUUUGCUCCAAAAGACGUAUUAGGGCUUAUUUUCUGGUUAGGCCUUAUUGGAGGAAAUAUGGCAUUAAAUGCGUCCGUUCGGCUGACGAUCAUAACUGGGGCUUAUUUUUGGGGUAGGGCUUAUAUUACGAGCAUCCUGAAAAAUCGUGCUAGGGUUUAUUUUCCAGGUAGGUCUUAUUUUUGGGGAAAUACGCUAUGUAUACACCUGCUCCAAUGGGCAGUAUGAUGGACCUUUGGGCCAAGCUAUGAUUUUGGUAGAUUAGUCAGCCAAUAUGCAGGAUGGCAGUCCGAUCUACGUAUCUAGGGCAGAAUAAACCAAAGUCCCAUCCUUAACGCGUGUCCGAAAUCAUCACAGCAGCUCACCCAAAAGAUCUGUUGAUGCAGCCAUUCCUUACAUUCUGUGAGGAUGUCUCCCCUAAACUGCUCUUGAAAAAAGGAGGCUCCAUUCCGGGCACCAAAGUCUAUCCAUUUCAGGGAGUCCUCGGCGUACGACCGCAAUUGAAGCUAAAAUGUCUGUGGCUAAGUGAGACAAGUUGUUAAGUGAAUUUCUCCUUCUCCCCCCCAUAUUUUAUGAGCUUCCUUGUCCUGGUCAUUAAUUGGAUCACUCUGCAAUGGUUCAGUUGGUAACCUGGUGGUUAAGUGAAUCUGGCUUCCCCAUGAACUCCGCUUGCCAAAAAGGUUGCAAAAGGGGAAUGGCACGACCUUGGGACACUGUGACCGUCGUAAAUAGGAACCAGUUACCAAGUGUUUGAAUUUUGACAACCGCAAGUGUGAAAAAUGGUUGCAAGACACUUGUUUUUCAGCGCUGCUGUAACUUUGGAGGGGGUCACUAAACGAGCUGUUGUAAGUCGAGGACUACCUACAUUUUUCUCCAUCCCAGCCUCUGACAAUUCCACCUCUCUGACACUAAGUUUAUCAAUCUCUUACCCCCACCCCACCCCAGAAUUAUCGAUAUCCCCCCUGCUUUCCCCCCCCACAGGAACCAUCAAUCAAUAUCUCUUCCCCCCAGGCCCCAAGUCUAUCAAUAUCUUCCCCACCCGGCCACCUUCUCCCCAAAUUUUAAAAUCUUAUUAUUUACAGAGCUUUUUUGCAACCUCUUCUGACAUGGCGACACAUCAUCGAUUCUCCCGGGAGCUUAAACCAGAGAAAAGAAAUAAAACAUAAUUGCCACUUUUUUCCCCCCACCUUAAAUCAUCAGCCUUGAGAAAAGUAAAAAAAAAAAAGAAUUGAUUUUCUUCCCCCUUAUUCCGCUUAGGAGCUGCUGCUAGCAAGAUUUUCCUUACCUUUUGAGCCAAAAGUAAUUCGGAGCCGCUGAGGCGUGUCUUUGCGGGUGGGGGGGUAUGAGCCCCUCCGCGGAGAUUUUUUUUUUUUUAAUGUUCCUCUGUCUUCCCAAGGGGCAUAAAAAGAUUGAGAGGGAGAAAGUUUCUCUCCCUUAGAUUCUCCUUUGCGGUCCUUUUCUGUCUCGGCCUCAUCACUUUUGGUGGAAGUUUGGCAGGAACGAGUAAUUCAGGAUUUAUAUCAAAUAAUCGUUUACACCGGUGUGCACGUCUACCUCUCAAAAACAUAUUUUAAUUCCCCCCCCCUUUUUUUUGUCCUCAUUUGAAAGAGCAGAGUUUGGUCUACAUGGCUUAAAAGAAGAUAAAAUCAAGGGCUGUCAGGGACCUUGGAGGUCUUCUAGUCCACCCCCCUGUUCAAGGCAGGAGAUUUGUCCCCAUCUCAGUCAAAUGGCUUUCCAUCCUGUUUUUGCAUACCUCCGACAACCGAGCGCCCACAACAGCUAUUCCAUGUUGAUUAAUUAUCCUCAUUAUCAGAAAAAUUCUCCUUCGUUCCAGCUUCAUUCAAAAAUUCAAAAUUUUCCCCUACUGGUUCUGUGGGCGUGGCUUGGUGGUGAUGGGUCAUGUGAUUGGGUGGGCGUGGCCAACUUUAAAAAAAAACUUUUUAAAAGCAUUUUUUUUACUACCGGUUUGGGAGAAUAGGUAGUAAAAAAUGCUUUAAAAAAGUUCUUUAAAACAAGCUUUUGUUGAUCAGCUGUUACAAUCAGUUGUGUUGCGCGAUCACUGGAACCUUUUAAGAACUUUUUUAAAGCAUUUUUUUUUUACUACCAGUUCAGGCGAACCGGUAGCAUUUUUUACUAAUGGUUCAGGCGAACCGGCCGAACCAUUAGUUCGGCCGGUUCGAACUAGGGGUGGUGGUGGUUUAGAGACACUGGAAAAAAAUUGAGAGCGUAGCUGAUUUAUGCAAAGGGUGUGGUAUCCUCCUUUGAUCCCUUCUGUCUAACGUCGGCUAACCACCCGGAUGUGAAACUAAUCAGUCAACGGAAAAAAGAUGUGAUCCGUUCAUUGUUUUGUGUCUGGGCAGAAUAUAUAUUUUUAUUUCCUUAGUUCCAAGGCCAUUAACUGUGUGGGCUGAGGAAAAGCUACAACAGAACGGUUUCUCUCUUUUUAAGUCUUUCCCUCUGCCUGAUGAGUAAAACCUUUCUGGUAUGUUUGAAUUGAUCCUUAAUUUUAUUUUAUUUAUUUUUUUUAAAAUUCAGGCAUGGCCUGAUGGUGAAAUCUAAGGGCUUUUCUAGAAAGUAACUGUGUGUAUGAGGUUUCCAACUUGAUAAAAGGGAAACAAAUCCUUCAUAUAUGUCCGGAACAAGAUUUUAGGAGCUCCUAAGUGUGCGACGGAAACAAAAGUCUAUCCCGUGUGAAUUAGAAUCCCUUCUGGAUAAUCAAAUCUUCGCUUACAUUCUCUUAUUUUCAGCUAGAGAAAGCUACGGGAGCGGGCAGGGGUGUUUUCAAAUGUGUCGUCUUCUAGGUAGGGUUGUUUAAGGGCAUGCUUUAUCUCCUGGUGCGUGACGACAUCAUCAACAUGUUGUCCAGAGUCUGACAGCCCAGAAGACUUACUCCUGAGCAGAGAUGUAUUUGGGUCUCUUCACCCCAGCACCAUCUUCCAAGUGGUAGCACCUAGCCAAACAUGUUUGAUCUCAGCUCUUGGUCCUACUUGGAUGAGAAGUUUCAAGGUUGUAGGUCAAGGAAGUGAGGACACCUCUUCCCAGCGGGUCCCAAGAACCCCCGUAAACCUGGUUGCUCCGUUAAAGCUAUGGUGUGAACUUGGCGCAACCACCAAACUCCUGUGGAGUUCACCAACUCCAUGAGCAAAAGUCAGGUGCCUCUUCUGAUUUCCAGGGAGAACUUCAGCUACUCGGUCCAGCCUCUUCCAUGGCAUGGACGGUCAGGUUUUUUUUAAAUCUGACAUAGUUGCCUUUAGAAGCAACCCACUAGCUGAGGUGGGAAUGAAGCCACCGUUCUCCACUUCUGGUCCUGAGCAAAGAUCUUCUAGUAAAAAAGCUUCUUCAACUCAGUUAGACCACUGGCUUCUCUUGGUGCAGAAACUCAUGAGCUCCGUAAGAAAUCCUGGGCUGUCAGAGUUCAGCAGGCCAAGCUAGGAGGGCAGAGUCAAACAUGUCAUCAGCUGAGAGUCGUUAACAUUUCAACAAGCAGUCCAACCCCUCUUGAAUUCCGUUGAGCCUCAUCUGGCGCCAAUUUAGCGUUGAACUUCGCUUGACUAGAUUCUUGUGUGUAGGCUUGCAUAAAUCUUCUAUGCUACAACCUAACGGAGGAUUCUUGAUUCUUGGGUUUCUGACAUGAAUCCAGUCAAGCACUAAAUUGGUGCUAGAUGAACAUAAUGACUCUAAACUGCUGACACACUUAACUCCCUCUCCCUAGUUCGGCUUCCCUAGUUCUCCCGCAAGGAAAGGUGAUCGUCAUGUUAUUAGAGACCAGGGAUUCAAAAGGCAGCCUUGAUACAUCAGGAUUGCAGUCCUUCCUUGCACUAUUACUUUGCAACGUACAAUUGCGGGAUAAAUUAAUGCACUAAAUGUAUGGUUUCAUCUGGAAUUGGCAGGCGCCAUCUGGCUCUUAACGCUGGUGGGAGAGACCCCUUGCUAAAUCCCACCCAUCCAGACCCUUGCUGUACGUUGAGUGUUGAACCUUCCAACGGUGUGUAGGGUCACUCUAUUAUGUGUAAACCACGGAGGAUAGGAAGAGGCGAGAUGUACACCAAAGCUUCUCGCGGCGGACUGCUAAUAUUGCGAUCUUGUAUGAAGAAGGCAUCACAGGAGCUUACGAAUCCUAGUCUAUAGCAAUAAACAUUGGGGAAUUUAUGAAGUCAAUGAUCUGUUUCUCCAUAGUCAUUUGGUCCCCGAGGGCCAAGUUCGUUUUGUAACAAGAGUUUGGUGUCUUGAUUCUGAGGCAGCCCUUUCUGAGAUACGGACUACAUAUAGACCGGGCACCAUUAUAAUGUGCGGUUUGGGCAUAAAUUUGAAGUCAGGGCAUAGAAACAAGGUUAACUUUGGCACCCUAAUCUGUUUUACCCUUUCAAUAAAACGGUAGAAGGUUGAAUUCGAUUGCUGUCAUCUUAGCAUUUUAUCCAUAUGGAUAAUGGAGUAAGCCCCAGGACUUACUCCAUUAUAGGUAAAUAAAGUUCAAUAAAGUAACAUUUUCCCAGUCUACCUAGAGGUGUUAGGACCCAUGAUUCCCAGCCCAAAGGAAUGAAUCUGGGAUUUGUAGUCACAAUCCACCAAGAUGGUGCCAGGUGGAGAAGGCUGAUGUGUGUAUAUAUAUAUAUGUCUGGAUAAUCCAGAUGUCUGGAUAAUGGAAAGGCUGGAUUAACUCCGUAUGAUCAGGGUUGAAUCACAAUGAAGGACAUGGGUUCAAGGAAUACAUUGGGGUGGAAAACAGGCAUUUCCUAGCCAUGGUUGGGUUAAUAAUGCCCUAAGAGGACUAUCCUUUCCCCUUCCAGAGAAUACAUGUGUGGUGGUAAUGAACAGGGUGCUUGUAUGUUCACAGAAAAACCUAGGUUUGAAUCCUCACACAGCCAUGAAAAUCACGGGGUGACCUUCGGUUAGUCACUCUCCCUCAGCCUACCUACCUACCUACCUAUCUACCUACCUCACAGGGUUGUUGUGAGGAUGAAAGGGCGCAGAGUAGGGAAAGAGCCGCGAGUUCUUUGCCUUCGGGACGGAAGGAGAAGAACUAAACUGUCAUUUGAUUUGGAGAAAUAAAAGACUGUACAGAUUUAUUAUUAUUUUUUUUAAAAAAAGAAAGACUUUCUCGAGAAAUUUGAGAAGUUUUUGGAACGGCAUGGACCGGGGUCUCGGAUAACCACACCCUGGCAUGUUCUGAAGACACCUGUGGUGGGAAACGUGUCCCAGCAACGAUGGACAUGCAAAGGAACCAACUCUCGCAUGUCCCGGAAACUCCACCUGGUUGAAAAAACGCCAUUUAGGCUUCCGAAGAGACCAGCUGCCCGCUGGAGAAGAGGCUCGCCUCUUCCCCGGUCCAAACCCAGCUAUAGGUGUGAUUCCCCCACUCAAUCCUCUUCUUCAAAGAGCCACCACUGACCUUGGAUACGGCAGGAAGUCUACGAACUGAAGAAAUAUUUUGCUGAAUAACAACCAAGGGGCCACCGGAUCCGUGCGUCGCGUCUCGUGACUUCUCGUAGGUCUUGUUCUAAGGAGCCCUCUCGAUGUCUCCAUCCUUGGUGAGGUCCAGCAUCAUAGUUCUUAAACUUGCUCAACCUUCUUCCUUUAGUGUCCUUAAUGAAGAGUGACCUCUCUCUCUCUCUCACACACACACACACACUCUCUCUCUCUCUCUCGGGUUCGUGGCCAGGCAAACAUUUUUGGGCCUGCCCUGUUCAAGCUAGGUUGCUUCUCUCUUAAGGUGGUUUCCUAAGAACCAAGUUGGAAGUUUCUAGCCUUUUAAGAUGUGAUUUAAUAAAAAGAAAUCUUGAUGAUGA